UACGGUCGAGCCAUUAGUCGAAAUUUAUAAACGCUCGACGCGAAAUCGUCUCCGGGUCUCCGUCUCCGACCAGCGCCCCGAGCACGCAGCAAUUUUUUGUUUUCAACACCACCAAAGCAAUUCAUAUAUUGCGAUUCCAAAGAUUCCCAAAAAGAAAAGAAAAUUUAAUUAUAAAUUUUUUUUGGCCCAGACAUUACUUGAGAAACAUUUUUUUAAGUGCCAAGUCGCAAGUAAAAUACAAAGUGAUAGACAGACAAAUGGCCGAGCAGUGCAACAAAUAAAAGACACUUGAACGCCCGCCGCCCGACCGCACUCACUGCAAUCCUCGAGAUCGAGAACAAGAUCGCGCACCAAAGCCAAGAUCCCAGGACCCUAGGAUCUCCGUGUGAGAUCGAUCAACGUGAAAUCGUUCGUCCAGUCAAGUCCAAGCCAGAGGCUACAGAGGCGACAAGAUGCUGGCCGACUCGUAUCUGAUCAAGUUUCUGCUGCGGCAGCUGCAGGUCCAGCAGCAAGACGCCGGCGCCCAGCACCUGUUGAUGGUCUUCCUCGGCUUCCUUGCUUUGGUCAGCCUGCUCCAGUGGAUGCUGCGGCACUACCGCGAGCUACGCAAGCUCCCUCCCGGCCCUUGGGGACUCCCCGUCAUCGGCUACCUGCUCUUCAUGGGCAACGAGAAGCACACCCGCUUCAUGGAGCUGGCCAAGCAGUACGGAUCGCUCUUCUCCACCCGUCUGGGCAGCCAGCUGACCGUCGUCAUGAGCGACUACAAGAUGAUCCGCGAGUGCUUCCGGCGUGAGGAAUUCACAGGACGACCGGACACUCCGUUCAUGCAAACCCUCAACGGUUAUGGCAUCAUCAACAGCACUGGGAAGCUGUGGAAGGACCAGCGCCGCUUUCUGCACGACAAGCUCCGGCAGUUCGGCAUGACCUACAUGGGCAAUGGCAAGCAGCAAAUGCAGAAGCGCAUCAUGACGGAAGUGCACGAGUUCAUCGGGCAUCUGCACGCGAGUGACGGUCAGCCGAUUGAUCUGUCGCCCGUAAUCUCAGUGGCCGUGAGUAACGUGAUCUGCAGCCUGAUGAUGUCCACACGGUUCAGCAUUGACGACCCAAAGUUCAGGCGCUUCAAUUUCCUGAUCGAGGAGGGCAUGCGACUGUUCGGGGAGAUCCACACGGUGGACUACAUACCCACCAUGCAGUGCUUCCCCAGCAUCUCGACGGCGAAGAACAAGAUUGCCCAGAACCGGGCCGAGAUGCAGCGGUUCUACCAGGACGUGAUCGAUGACCACAAACGCAGCUUCGAUCCGCACAACGUCCGAGAUCUGGUCGACUACUACCUAUGCGAGAUCGAGAAGGCCAAGGCCGAGGGCACCGACGCUGAGCUUUUCGAUGGCAAGAAUCACGAGGAGCAACUUGUCCAGGUGAUCAUCGACCUCUUCUCAGCUGGCAUGGAGACCAUCAAGACCACCCUGCUCUGGAUCAACGUCUUCAUGCUACGCAAUCCCAAGGAGAUGCGUCGCGUCCAGGACGAGCUGGACCAGGUGGUCGGACGCCACCGCCUGCCCACCAUCGAGGACCUUCAGUACCUGCCCGUGACCGAGUCCACCAUCCUCGAGUCGAUGCGCCGCUCCAGCAUUGUGCCGUUGGCCACAACCCACUCACCCACAAGAGAUGUAGAAUUGAAUGGCUACACCAUACCGGCCGGCUCCCAUGUCAUUCCCUUGAUCAACAGUGUCCACAUGGACCCCAAUCUGUGGGAGAAGCCCGAGGAGUUCCGCCCCUCGCGGUUCAUCGACACAGAGGGCAAGGUGCGCAAGCCAGAGUACUUCAUACCGUUCGGAGUCGGACGGCGGAUGUGCCUGGGCGAUGUUCUGGCCAAGAUGGAGCUUUUCCUGUUUUUCGCCUCGUUCAUGCACUGUUUCGACAUUGCCCUGCCCGAGGGCCAGCCGCUGCCCAGUCUCAAGGGCAACGUGGGGGCCACCAUCACGCCGGAGGCAUUCAAAGUGUGCCUCAAGCGUCGCCCCCUGGCACCCACUGCCACCGAUCCCCACCAUAUGCGCAACGUAGGCUCCAACUGAUUGGGCGCGCGAUCUGGAUCGGCUUGGAUCGGCUUGGAUCGGCCUGGAUGAAGAGCACGGUUUUGUUCCUAUAUAAAAAAAACCACAAAACACACACACAAAACGCAAAAGCAAAUGCCACCCACGGGAAGCACGUUAAGCCGCUUCCAUCGAUGACUAUAGCUAUUGCCGUAUAAAUUAGCUAGUAAUCUGUCUUCACGACGUGACCCGCCUCCCCCGUGUGGCAGGAAGCCACUCGAAGGAUACUCGCGUGUCCAUGCAGAAGAGAAGGAAGGCGCCCGGAAGUGCCCGGAUGCCCUGAUGCACCCACCAUCAGAUCGACGACUGCAACCAAUUCUAUUCUUUCACCCCCAAGAAGCUGUGUUCAAUUAAUUGUAAUUCUACCCCCUAAUGAAUACCUUAGUUACGAUCCA